CUAGUGGAGGAUCCCCCAGAGGGCAGGUAGGCACCACCAUUGACUCCUACACAGUAAGCGUCUUACUUCAACGAGAAUGGAAGAGAGAUAUACCUGAUUUAGAAUGAUUUAGAGUACUGGCAAAAGAAAGCUUGCAGAAAUUCAAAGUCCUAGAAAACCAGCAAGCGGCGAUGUGGGCGACCGUAGUUGCAGCUGAUGACUCUUCUCUCUGGCGAAAUUCUCACAGUAGGAGGAGGCUCGGGAAUUCUCCUUUCCAAAUCCCAAAAAUGGCACCGUCUGAUUCUCUUCUACAAAAUCUCGAAAUAGCACCUAGUUGCUGUCGUCUCAAGGGCUAAGAGUCCCUUCGUUGUCGUCGCUAGAUUUUUCGAAAUCGCCAUCGUCCCACUACCGUCUUCGUAAAACUCCUUUGCAAUCCUGGGAAAACCACCCUCUGCAACCUCUGCUUAGGUGUGCAGGGCCAUAGAGAGCCAGAUCCGAAGGAACGACGACCACAGCUAGCACAGGUGAUAUCGGCGUGGCUCGGUAGUAGCGUGGCCAGUGGUGGUUGCGCGACGGCGCGCGGGCUGUGGGGAUUGGGUCGUCGCCACCGUUGCAGAUCUGAAUCGCGAGAGCUAGGGCUUCAAGGAACUUCCUUUCAAAGAUUGCAGGAAUGAACAGAUCUGGUCUGACGACGGAGACGAACGGCAGGGGCGACAGCGACGAUGAGGGGUAUGGACGAUUGCGAUGGCGACGAUGUGCUAGGCUAUCUGGGUUGCAGAAUGGAGGUUAACGACGAUGGCGGUGCUGCGGCUCUCUUGUCUGCGGCAGGGAGUAGACUUCAAGAUUUAAUUGCACAUAUCUAUACUACGGCUUCAAGAUUUAAAAAAAAAAAAAAAGAACUCACCAUUAAAUUGGAGUCUUAAGGGAGUCGAAAUCAUCUUUCGUAACCUCAGCAUCUUUUGCUGCAUAUAUUUGUUAUAAACUUUUUUACAAUCCAUAAUUAAUUACAUAGAAUAGAAGUUAAGGCAGUGUAUGGAUGUAGUACUAUAAAUCUAUAUAUAUAGAUGUAGCUGCAUGCAGUUCUAAUCAAUCAAUUCUUCAUCCUCCUUUACACUUCAGAAUUCAGCUGGGGAAAAACCCGUCUGCUGAUAUCGAUCCUCAGUUCAUUUAUAUAAUUUGCAGAACCAUACAAUGAGUUCUUCUUCUUCUGGUAUAGUGAUGUUUUGCUUAUGUUUUUGUGGUUUAUUAAUACUUAGUAAUGAGGUGUGGACGGCGGAGGGCGUGGUGGAGCUGCCGAACAAUGAGAAGAUUCCGGCGGUGAUAGUGUUUGGGGAUUCCAUAGUCGAUCCCGGAAACAACAACAACCUCAUCACCUUAAUCAAGUGUAAUUUUCCUCCAUAUGGCCGCGACUACAUGGGCGGCAAACCCACCGGCAGGUUCUGCAACGGCAAAGUUCCCUCUGACCUCAUAGCGCAGGAACUAGGAGUCAGAGACAUAAUACCAGCAUACCUCGACCCAAAUCUAGAGAGUACAGAUCUUCUCACUGGGGUCAGCUUUGCCUCGGGUGCCACUGGAUUUGACCCCCUAACACCAAAGAUUCCGUCAGUUCUAUCAUUAUCAGAUCAGCUAAACAUGUUCAAGGAAUACACAGGGAAGCUGAAGAAGAUUGUGGGAGAAGAGAAAACAAAUGACACAUUAACCAGAAGUCUAUAUCUAGUGGUAGCCGGCAGUGAUGACAUUGCUAAUACCUAUUAUCUUAUAAGGCAUUUGGAGUAUGACAUUGCUUCUUAUACUGAUCUCACGGCUAAUUUAGCUUCCAGUUUCCUAAAGAAAUUGUACAAACUCGGGGCGCGAAGGAUCGCCGUUUUUGGUGCUCCGCCUUUGGGGUGCCUCCCGUCGCGUCGAACUCUGUCAGGAGGGCUACUAAGAGAGUGUUCAGAGGAGUACAACCAAGCGGGCCAACUGUUCAACUCCAAGCUCUCAGCCAAGCUGGAUUCCCUAAACAGAGAUCUUCCUCGUGCCCGGAUGGUUUAUAUCGAUAUCUACAAUCCUCUACUUGAUCUCAUCCAGAAUCCCAGCAAGUCCGGAUUUGAAGUUGUGGACAAAGGCUGUUGUGGCACUGGAACUAUAGAGGUGGUAGUGCUAUGUAACGAAUUAAAUCCGUUUACGUGCUCAAAUGUGUCUCGUUACAUCUUCUGGGACAGUUACCAUCCCACAGAAAAAGCAUACAAGAUCCUCAUUGAUCAGCUCUUGCAAAAGUACAUUCGCAGCUUCUUCUGAGGCAGUUCUCCGUGCUGAUCAAUUCCGUCUUGUGCAAUAAUGAUGAGAAGAUAGAAUAAAUUUAUGUAUUUCUUCUUAGAAUAAAUUUGUGUAUUUCUUCUUCGCACAUCUCAAUCUUAUAUUAUAUAAUAUAAUCAACUAUUCUAAA